AUGGGAAGCGCAGCCAUGGACACCAAGAAGAAGAAAGAGGUUUCCAGCCCUGGCGGGAGCAGUGGCAAAAAGAACCCCAGCCUGAAGAGGCGGUCACUGCGAGUGCACAUUCCGGACCUGAGUUCCUUUGCCAUGCCGCUCCUGGAUGGAGAUGUGGAGAGUUCAGAAAAGCAUUCUUCUCGGAAGGUGGAUGGUCCCUUUAGCUCAGGCAGCCCCUCCAGAGGACUCUUCUCCAGGGGCCCCCAGCCCCGGCCCUCCAGCCCUGUGUCUGCUCCUGUGAGGCCCAAGACGAGCCCUGGCUCUCCCAGAACUGUGUUCCCGUUCUCCUCCCAGGAGUCCCCUCCACGCUCGCCACGCCGCAUGAGCCUCAGUGGGAUCUUCCGCUCCUCAUCCAAAGAGUCUUCCCCCAACUCCAACCCGUCUACCUCUCCUGGGGGCAUCAGGUUCUUCUCACGGUCCAGAAAAACCUCCAGCGUCUCCUCUUCUCCAUCGACACCCACCCAAGUGACCAAACAGCACCCAUUUCCCCUGGAGUCCUACAAGCAGGAGCCCGAACGCCUAGAAAGCCGCAUCUAUGCCUCCUCGCCCCCUCCGGACACUGGGCAGCGUUUCUGCCUGGCCUUUCAGAGCCCAGCUCGGCCCCCUCUGGCAUCCCCGACAUACCACGCUCCUUUGAGAACUGCGGCGCUGGCGGCGGCCCCGGGACCCGCGGAAGCCGGCAUGCUGGAGAAGCUGGAGUUCCAGGAGGAAGCAGAAGACUCAGAAAGUGGCGUUUAUAUGCGAUUCAUGAGGUCACACAAGUGCUAUGACAUCGUUCCAACCAGUUCAAAGCUUGUUGUCUUCGACACUACGUUGCAAGUUAAAAAGGCCUUCUUUGCCUUGGUAGCCAACGGAGUCCGUGCAGCGCCACUGUGGGAAAGUAAAAAGCAGAGCUUUGUAGGAAUGCUCACGAUUACAGAUUUCAUAAAUAUACUACACAGAUACUAUAAAUCACCCAUGGUACAGAUUUAUGAACUGGAGGAACAUAAGAUUGAAACUUGGAGGGAGUUGUACUUACAAGAAACCUUCAAGCCUUUGGUGAAUAUCUCUCCAGAUGCGAGCCUCUUCGAUGCUGUAUACUCGUUGAUCAAAAAUAAAAUCCACAGAUUGCCAGUUAUUGACCCUAUCAGUGGGAAUGCACUUUAUAUACUUACCCACAAAAGAAUCCUCAAGUUUCUCCAGCUUUUUAUGUCUGACAUGCCGAAGCCCGCCUUCAUGAAGCAGAACCUGGAUGAGCUUGGGAUAGGAACGUACCACAAUAUUGCCUUCAUUCACCCGGAUACCCCCAUCAUCAAAGCCUUGAACAUCUUUGUGGAGAGACGGAUAUCCGCACUGCCUGUGGUGGAUGAGUCAGGAAAAGUUGUAGAUAUUUAUUCCAAGUUUGAUGUAAUUAAUCUUGCUGCUGAGAAAACAUACAAUAACCUAGACAUCACAGUGACCCAGGCCCUGCAGCACCGCUCACAGUAUUUUGAGGGUGUGGUAAAGUGCAGUAAGCUGGAAACACUGGAGACCAUCGUGGACAGAAUAGUGAGAGCCGAGGUCCAUCGGCUGGUAGUAGUGAAUGAAGCAGACAGUAUUGUGGGUAUUAUCUCCCUGUCAGACAUCCUGCAAGCCCUGAUCCUCACACCAGCAGGUGCCAAACAGAAGGAGACAGAGGCCGAAUGACACCGUGACUGUCAGCGCCCUUGCAGGAGAACUUGAACAAAGUCUCGGGGUCACGUUUUGCCUCAUGAACACUGGCUGCAAUAGAAGAGAGUAAAAUGGCUAAGAAUGUAUAUCAGGGUUUAGUGAUGGAUAUUUUUCCAGUGAUUUGUAAGUAUAGGAAAAGAUUUUAUGUGCUUGAAGAUUCAGGCUUACAUUCAAAGGCUGUCCUCAGACCCGUCUGAAGGAUUUUCGAUGAUGUGUGUCAUUAAAGUGCACUGUGUCCUGAAAUAGUACUACUUUUCAUUUCAAAGAAGUCACUGGGAUGGAACAGGUGACAGGAAGUGAGUAAACGGCACGUCCAGAUCACGGUGCCUUAUGUCCAAGCGCAAUAUGUCACCGCCGCCGCUGCCGUGUGCGUGCGCGCGCCCCAGAGUGCUGCUGAAGAGACACCCAGCAUCCGCAAACCUUUCACCCAGUCUCUUUCUUUUCACUCAAUUGGUUGAAAAGUUUUAAUUUGAAUAUAGGCAACUGAAAACGUCAAGUGAUGCUUCUACGUGCUCCGUGUCCCGCUCUGGCCACCGCGUCGGCGGCGAGGCUGGCUUGGCCCCAGCGCUUUAUUUAUUUUUACUCUCAUGCAGGUUUUCUACGCAUCUUGUGGUGAGCGGACUUCACCAUACCUACGAAUAAAAUCUUGAUUGUUCUCUCAAGUGGAAAAAUCUCUUGAGAUUUUAGUUUGGAUCUGGAAAGGCUAUGCCUUCCAAACAACCACUGCUGGGUCUUUUAAAUGUUUAUGGAAACGGGCCGUGGCCGCAGGGAUGAAGAACAGGAAGAUGUCUGGUUUUUUUUUAUUGUGUGUUGAAAUGUAAACUCAUGAUGUUUGUGUGACCGCUGACAAGACGCUUGUAACUUUUAUUGUGACACAUAAAACAGUAUUGUCAUGCAGUUGAAGGGAAACUCCUUCCCCACCUCUCCCCCGUGUAAGUGCUCUAAAAAUGUUGACACUAUAUAUCUGUGUGUGUGUGUGUGUAUAUAUGAGCAGAGUUUGAGGGUUUGUUUUGGGGAUUUGUUUUGUUUUGUUUUCCAGAUUGAAGAUUAAAAUAAAUCCUAUCUACCAGUUU